AUGGACCCACAGCUUCAGGAUCUAUUGGAGCAGGGGGGUCUCUCGCACACCAUACAGGGGUUCAUUGACGGCGGUGUAACCAGCAUCCACCAGCUUAAGCAGCUCACAAUGCAGGACUACCAGUCUGUGGGCGUCAUUGUCAUGACUGACCGCCGUAAACUCUUUGAGCUCAUUCAAUAUAUGAAAAGAGAGCAGGCUAAUGCUUCGCCCCUCCCCGUCUCUUCCCCUCCCGCGGAGGUACUGCGCAAUGCUGAUCAUAACUCCCAUGCAGUCGCUGCAAAUGCUGUACGAAAUACUACGCCGUCUCGCCGUAGCAACACACCCUCGGGCGUACAACGCAGGGCCGAGAAUGAGAGUUCUGCGUUGCAUGAGAUUAAGUCGAUGUCUACGCUUCGACGAGAACCUGUUCGCUUGGGCGAGGACAUGAACACCUCGACAUCCAAAGCAACCCCAAGCUCGCGACCUGUGAGUCGCCCGACGCGUAACUCCCCCACUUCAGUUGCGCGCAGGGCAGGAGAAAACACGACGACGAAGCGAAAAAUGAGUCGAAUCAUCGUUGCUGUCCGGAAACGUCCACUGAAUAACUCGGAGUUGAAUGAUGGUCUCUACGAUGUUUUGGCGACAGACCCAGAUAAUACACACGCCAUUGCCCUUUUGGAACCCAAGCAAAAAGUAGAUCUAACAAAAUACAUUGAGAAACACCGCUUUACGUACGAUUUGGUGCUAGAUGACAGGCAAAGUAACCGUGAUGUCUACGAAAAGACCUGCAAAUCUCUUAUUGAGACUGUUUUUGAAGGUGGCUGUGCCACUUGUUUUGCCUACGGUCAAACAGGGAGUGGGAAAACGUAUACGAUGUUGGGAAAAGAUGCCCAGGAGGGUAUCUACCUUAUGGCUGCAAGAGAUUUAUAUUCUCGAUUAGAACCUGGUAUGAGUAUCGUGGUCUCUUUUUUUGAAAUUUACGGAGGGAAACUGUUUGACUUGCUCAAUGAACGUGAAAAGCUUGCCUGUCGCGAGGAUAGUCGUGGUGUCAUUAAUGUUUGUGGUCUGACAGAGCACCGUGUCGACGAUACGGGCCAUCUUAUGCGGGUGAUAGACUAUGGAAACUCCAUUCGUGCGGCCGGAUCGACGGGUAUGAACGCGGAUUCUUCUCGUUCGCAUGCAAUUCUUCACAUCACCGUGUUGAACGCCAAGAACCGUUUUUUUGGUAGGUUCACGUUUAUUGAUCUUGCCGGUAGUGAAAGGGGGGCGGACACGCUCGACAGCGAUCGCACAACGCGGCUGGAGGGGGCGGAAAUUAACAAGUCGCUGCUGGCGCUCAAGGAGUGUAUUCGGGCCCUUGAUCAAAAUCACCGUCAUAUCCCCUUCCGUGGGUCGAAGCUCACAGCUGUGCUUCGGGAUUGCUUCACUGGCAACAGCCGGACUGUAAUGAUAGGCAAUGUCAGCCCCGCAAGCGGAAGCUGUGAGCAUACGCUCAACACGCUUCGCUAUGCCGACCGCGUAAAAGAACUGAAGAAGGAUAAAUCGUCUCGCAUUGCCGCCGAGGAAAUUAUGAUCGGUCAGAUGCCAAGUGAAGAGGUGGAAACCCUCGGUCUCAGUGGAACCUUUGCCCAACGGCGCGCACGUGAGAAGAAGCUGGGCACCCGAUCUUCCAGUCAGCUCUCACAGCGUGAACCGGGGACACCCAAACUGACACCCCUCGGUAGGUAUGGUAGCGGUUACCGCCCCAAGGCACCUCCAGCUCGCAUGCGCGGGGCCUCAAAGGAGGAAGAUUAUCCGAAUUUUUCAGACAGUAUCCGUUCCAGUAAAUUUACCAGCAGCGGGCCUGCAAAAGGAACUAGCUAUGCCAAGGCGACACCAAAGCACAGUCGUGUUGCUAGUGAAGUGUCGGUGCAGGCUGCUAGUCCGUAUGAUAUGGCUUCUUUUGCGAGUGCAGACUCCUUAGACGAUGACGAAGACAACGUGAUUUUGCGCCACCGUCGCCACAUCGACGCCAUGAUGGAGUUGCUAAAGCAGGAGAUGACAGAGCUAAACGGGGUUGAGAUGCCGGGCGCCUCCAUUGAGACGUACUGUAGAAAUGUCGACAGUAUUCUCACGCAUCAGGCCAAAAACAUUGAGGGAGUUAGGAGUAUGAUCAGAGAAUUAAUGAAGCAUGUAGAGGCCCGUCAGCGACACUAG